AGGGACUACCUAGGGGGCUUCCAGGCUGCAUAAUUUCGCCCAAAUUAUGGUUUAUAGUUUUUGGGCGGGGGGGACUAGCUUGGAGCCUUACCACCCUCUGUGGCAUGCUUUUAUUGGAAGAAUGUAUUUCAAAGUCCCCAAAGCCAAGUUACAAACCCUCAUUUUUUAAAAUAGUUUUUUAAGGUAUGAUUUAUGUAGAAUUCACUCGUUUUUCACAGCUUGAUGAAUUUUGGAAUUUACAGUCAUUUAACCUCUCCCACAAUCAAGAUACAGAACAGCUCCUUUACCCUAAAAAGUCCCCAGUGCCCCUUUGAAGUCGGUCUCCUCUCCCAAGCCCUGGCCCCAGGCAAUCGCUCAUCACUAUAAUUUUGCCUUUUCUGGAACGUCAUAUAACCGGAAUCUGGAAUCAUACAGUGUGUACAAGCCUGCAGUUUUGAAACACGCUCUCUUUUUUUGAGUUGAAGAUGGCCUUGUUGUUGUUGGUUGCCGUUGAGUCCACUCUGACUCAUGGUGACCGCAUGUGCAACAGAACAACAUGCUGCCUGAUCCAGCGCCAUGUUCACAAUCACCAGCGUGUUCCAGUCCAUCACUGUGGCUGUGGUGCCCGUCCACCUCACCGAGGGUCUCUCUUGCCCUCGCUGACCCUCUGCUUACCAAACGCCAUGUCCUCCUCCAGCAAGUGAUCCCUCCUGAGGAUGUGUCCAAGGCAAGCGAGUCAGACAGUGUUCUGUUGUGAUCCACAAGGAUUUCACUGGCUGAUUUUCAGAAGUAGAUCGUCAGGCCUUUCUUCCUAGUCUUGCUGAAUCUGGAAGCUCCGCUGAAACCCGUCCACCAUGGGUGACCCUGCUGGUGUUUGAAACACUGGUGGCCUAGCUUCCAGCAUCACAGCAGCAUGCAAACCACCACAGUAGGACAGACUGACAGAUGGGCGGUGACAAGAUUGCCUACAUUUUUAUAUUAACACCGAUCGUUGAAUUAGUGUUCUUACAUGUGUUAAAUUAUUUUUGGACUAAAUGCUAGACAUGUGCCAAGUGAAGUAAAUCUGACUUCACUGAGACAGUUUGUAAAACCAGAAGUGAGUAUUGGUUUCUCAUGUGAGAGAACUUCAAUCACCACGGCGCUCACUUCCUCAGGCUCUGCCAGUGCCUCUUUUCUUGCUCUGGUAGUUAUCUUGAGGAGGCUAGCUUAGGUUUUUUGGUUUUUUUUUUCCCCUCACUUAUUACUUCAAAACCACUUCUGCUCUUAGAAAUUUUGUAACCUUCCACUGUUUCCUGUGACCGCCAUUUUGUCGUCUGUACCAAUUUACACGCUGUGAAACUGUAUCUCUUAACGCCUCAGUUUUACGACCCUGUGGAGCCGGUGGACUUUGAAGGACUUCUCAUGACCCACCUGAACAGCCUGGAUGUGGAGCUGGCCCAGGAGCUGGAGGACUUCACCGAUGACGACCCAGACGUGGUGUUCACGCCGAAGGAAUGCAGGACCCUGCAGCCCUCCUUGCCGGAGGAAGGGGUUGAACUGGAUCCUCAUGUCCGAGACUGUGUUCAGACCUAUAUUCGGGAGUGGCUAAUCGUGAACCGGAAAAACCAAGGAAGCCCAGAGACGUGCAGGUUUAAGAAGACUGGAUCCCGCAAAGAUUUUCACAAGACGCUGCAGAAGCAGACGUUUGAGUCGGAGACUUUGGAGUGCGCUGAACCCAGUGCUCAGACAGGCCCCCGCAGCUUGCGCGUGCUGUGUGACGUGUCCGGGAAAGGCCCUGUCACCGCCUGUGACUUCGACCUCCGCAGCCUGCAGCCUGACCAGCGGCUGGAGAACCUCCUACAGCAUAUCAGUGUGGAGGACUUUGAGCGGCAGAAUGAGGAGGCCCGGAGGACCAACCGGCAGGCCGAGCUCUUUGCCCUCUACCCGUCGGUGGACGAGGAGGAUGCUGUGGAAAUACGUCCGGUACCGGAAUGUCCUAAGGAACAUCUGGGCAAUAGAAUACUGGUCAAGUUGCUGACCCUGAAGUUUGAGAUUGAAGUUGAGCCUCUGUUUGCCAGCAUUGCCCUCUAUGACGUUAAGGAAAGGAGAAAGAUCUCAGAAAAUUUCCACUGUGACCUGAACUCGGACCAGUUCAAAGGUUUUCUGCGAGCUCACACCCCCUCAGUGGCCGCUUCGAGCCAGGCGAGAUCUGCAGUGUUCUCUGUCACCUACCCCUCCUCAGACAUCUACCUGGUCGUCAAGAUUGAAAAAGUCCUUCAGCAGGGAGAGAUUGGAGACUGUGUGGAGCCCUACAUGGUUAUCAAAGAAAGUGACGGUGGAAAGAGUAAGGACAAGAUUGAAAAACUAAAACUUCAAGCGGAGUCCUUCUGCCAGCGUUUGGGGAAGUACCGGAUGCCCUUUGCCUGGGCUCCCAUAAGCUUGAGCAGCUUCUUCAACGUCUCCACCCUCGACAGGGAGGUAACCGAUGUGGAGGCCAUAGUCGGGAGAAGCUCUGUGGGGGAGCGGAGGACUUUGUCCCAAUCCAGAAGGCUUUCUGAGCGAAACUUGUCCUUGGAGGAAAAUGGGGUUGGAUCCAAUUUCAAAGCCACCACCAUGACCAUCAACAACUUUUUUAAGCAGGAAGGAGAUCGCCUGAGUGACGAAGACUUGUUCAAGUUCCUAGCUGACUACAAAAGGUCUUCAUCCUUGCAGAGAAGGGUCAAGUCCAUUCCAGGGUUGCUUAGACUGGAAAUUUCCCCAGCUCCGGAGAUACUCAAUUGCUGUCUGACUCCUGAAAUGUUGCCACUGAGACCAUUUUCUGAAAACCGAACACGUCCACACAAAGAGAUUUUGGAGUUUCCGACCCGGGAGGUGUACGUCCCUCAUACUGUGUACAGAAAUCUUCUCUAUGUUUACCCACGGAGGCUGAACUUCGCUAGCAAGCUAGCAUCUGGCCGGAACAUUACAAUAAAGAUCCAGUUUAUGUGCGGAGAGGAUGCUAGCAACGCUUUGCCGGUCAUUUUUGGAAAGUCCAGUGGGCCUGAAUUUCUACAGGAAGUGUACACAGCUGUCACAUACCAUAAUAAGUCUCCUGACUUUUAUGAAGAAGUGAAGAUCAAGCUCCCUGCUAAGCUCACAGCAAACCACCACCUCCUGUUCACCUUCUAUCACAUCAGCUGCCAGCAGAAGCAGGGCGCCUUGGUCGAGAGCCUCAUGGGAUACUCAUGGCUGCCGAUGCUCCUGAAUGAACGUCUUAACACUGGAUUCUUCUGUCUCCCCAUUGCCUUGGAGAAGCUGCCACCCAACUACUCCAUGCAUUGUGCAGAGAGAGUCCCUUUACAGAAUCCUCCCAUUAAGUGGGCUGAAGGACAUAAGGGAGUAUUUAAUAUAGAAGUGCAAGCUGUUUCUUCCGUUCACACCCAGGACAACCACCUGGAGAAGUUCUUCACCCUCUGCCACUCCCUGGAAAGCCAGGUGACCUUCCCGCUGCGCUUGCUGGACCAGAAAAUCAGUGAAGGCAUGCUGGAGCACGAGCUGAAGCUCAGCAUCAUCUGCCUCAACUCCUCCCGCCUGGAGCCGCUGGUGCUCUUCCUGCACCUGGUGCUCGACAAGCUCUUCCAGCUGUUGGUGCAGCCCAUGGUCAUCGCUGGCCAGACAGCCAACUUCUCCCAGUUUGCGUUCGAAUCUGUGGCAGCCAUUGCCAACAGUUUCCACAACAGCAAGGACCUGAGCAAGGACCAGCACGGACGGAACUGCCUGCUGGCCUCCUACGUGCACUAUGUCUUCCGCCUGCCGGAGCCGCACAGGGACGCGCCCAAGUCAGGCGGCCCCACUCCUGUCCCGGAUCCUCGCUACCACACGUAUGGACGCACUUCUGCUGCCGCUGUGAGUUCGAAGUUGCUGCAGGCCCGGGUGAUGAGCAGCAGCAACCCAGACCUCGCGGGGACGCACUCCGCAGCCGACGAGGAAGUAAAGAGCAUCAUGUCAGCAAAGAUUGCUGAUCGCAACUGCAACCGGGUGUCGUAUUACAGCGCCGGCAACAGCGACCUUCCGAAUUCGACCUCAGCCCCAAGGCCAGCCAGCAAAAAGCAUUUCCAUGAGGAACUCGCCCUGCAGAUGGUGGUCAGCACUGGCAUAGUGAGGGAAACCGUCUUCAAGUACGCCUGGUUCUUCUUUGAGCUUCUGGUGAAGAGCAUGGCCCAGUACAUACACAACCUAGACAAACAGGACACUUUUCGGAGGACGCGUUUUUCUGACCGUUUCAAAGAUGACAUAACGACCAUUGUGAACGUGGUCACGUCGGAGAUUGCGGCCCUCUUAGUAAAACCUCAGAAGGAAAAUGAGCAGGCAGAAAAGAUCAACAUCAGCCUGGCUUUCUUCUUAUAUGACCUGCUCUCACUCAUGGACCGCGGCUUCGUGUUUAACCUCGUCAAGCAUUACUGCAGUCAGCUGUCGGCCAAGCUCAAUAACCUUCCAGUGCUCAUUUCCAUGCGGCUGGAAUUCCUGCGAGUGCUGUGCAGCCACGAGCAUUACCUCAGCCUGAACCUCUUCUUUAUGAACGCUGAUACCGCGCCGGCUUCGCCCUGCCCCUCCAUAUCUUCCCAGAAUUCCAGCUCCGGCUCCAGCCUCCAGGACCAGAAGAUCGCUAGCAUGUUCGACCUGACCCCCGAGUACCGCCAGCAGCACUUCCUCACUGGCCUUCUCUUCACUGAACUGGCUGCCGCUCUGGAUGCCGAAGGGGAAGGGAUCAGCAAAGUGCAAAGGAAGGCUGUCAGCGCCAUCCACAGCCUGCUGAGCAGUCACGACCUGGACCCACGGUGUGCCAAACCGGAAGUGAAGGUCAAAAUAGCUGCCCUCUAUCUGCCCUUGGUCGGCAUCAUCUUGGAUGCUCUGCCACAGUUCUAUGACUUUACAGCUGCAGAUGCCCGUGGUGGAAAAAGUCGCUGCAACGGCUCGGAUGAAGAACAAGAAGGAGGGAGUACAAUUAACCAGAAUGUGGCCCUGGCCAUCGCUGGGAAUAACUUUAAUCUGAAGACGAGUGGAGUAAUCCUGUCUUCUUUGCCCUACAAGCAGUGCAACGUGCUGAGUGCCGACACCACCCGCAACCUCAUGAUCUGCUUCCUCUGGAUCAUGAAAAACGCCGAUCAGAGCCUCAUUCGGAAGUGGAUUGCCGACCUGCCUUCCAUGCAGCUAAACAGGAUUCUGGACCUGCUUUUCAUCUGUGUCUCGUGUUUUGAGUACAAGGGAAAGCAGAGCUCAGACAAGGUCAGCACCCAGGUCCUGCAGAAGUCCAGGGACGUCAAGGCCCGGCUGGAGGAGGCGCUGCUGCGUGGGGAAGGGGCCCGAGGAGAGAUGAUGAGGCGUUGCCGGACUCCAGGGAAUGACCGAUUUCCAGGCCUCAGUGAAAACUUGAGAUGGAGAAAAGAGCAGACGCACUGGCGGCAAGCUAACGAGAAGCUAGAUAAAACAAAGGCAGAGCUAGAUCAAGAGGCCUUGAUCAGCGGCAACCUGGCCACAGAGGCGAACUUAAUCAUCUUGGACAUGCAGGAAAAUAUCAUCCAGGCCACCUCGGCUCUGGACUGUAAAGACAGCUUGCUGGGAGGUGUCCUGAGGGUCCUGGUGAAUUCUCUGAGCUGUGAUCAGAGCACCACGUACCUGACGCACUGCUUCGCCACGCUCCGAGCCCUCAUUGCCAAGUUCGGAGACUUGCUGUUUGAGGAGGAGGUGGAGCAGUGUGCAGACCUCUGCCAGCGCGUGCUGCAUCACUGCAGCAGCAGCAUAGAUGUCACCCGGAGCCAAGCCUGCGCCACCCUCUACCUGCUCAUGAGGUUCAGCUUCGGAGCCGUCAGUAACUUUGCAAGAGUAAAGAUGCAAGUGACCAUGUCUCUGGCAUCCUUGGUGGGCAAAGCACCAGACUUUAAUGAGGAGCAUCUGAGAAGAUCCUUGAGGACGAUUUUGGCCUAUGCAGAAGAGGACACGGCCAUGCAGACCACUCUCUUCCCUGCCCAGGUGGAGGAACUUCUGUGCAAUCUGAAUAGCAUCUUAUAUGACACCGUGAAGAUGAGGGAGUUUCAGGACGACCCUGAGAUGCUUAUGGACCUCAUGUACCGAAUUGCCAAGAGCUACCAGACUUCUCCUGACCUGCGGCUGACCUGGCUCCAGAACAUGGCAGAGAAGCACACCAAGCGGAAGUGCUACACGGAGGCCGCCAUGUGCCUGGUGCACGCAGCCGCCCUGGUGGCCGAGUACCUGAGCAUGCUGGAGGACCACAGCUACCUGCCCGUGGGCAGCGUCAGCUUUCAGAACAUCUCCUCCAACGUGCUGGAGGAGUCUGCAGUCUCUGAUGACACCCUGUCUCCCGACGAAGACGGUGUGUGCUCCGGCCGGUACUUCACCGAGAGCGGCCUAGUGGGCCUCCUGGAGCAAGCCGCCGAGCUCUUCAGCACGGGGGGCUUGUAUGAGACGGUUAAUGAGGUGUACAAGCUGGUUAUCCCCAUCCUGGAAGCGCAUCGAGACUUCCGGAAGCUGACCUCCACUCACAGCAAGCUGCAGAAGGCCUUUGACAGCAUCAUAAACAAGGGACAUAAGAGAAUGUUUGGAACCUACUUCCGAGUUGGUUUCUAUGGAUCCAAAUUUGGGGAUUUGGAUGAGCAGGAAUUUGUGUACAAAGAGCCUGCAAUUACGAAGCUUCCCGAAAUCUCUCACAGGCUAGAGGGAUUUUAUGGGCAGUGUUUCGGUGCGGAAUUUGUGGAAGUGAUCAAAGACUCGACUCCUGUGGACAAAACCAGGUUGGAUCCUAACAAGGCCUACAUCCAGAUCACCUUCGUGGAGCCCUACUUUGAUGAGUAUGAGAUGAAAGACAGGGUGACCUACUUCGAGAAGAGCUUCAACCUGCGGCGGUUCAUGUACACGACGCCCUUCACGCUGGAGGGGCGCCCCCGGGGGGAGCUGCAGGAGCAGCACCAGCGCAACACGGUGCUCACCACCAUGCACGCCUUCCCCUACAUCAAGACCCGUGUCACCGUCAUCCAGAAGGAGGAGUUUGUGUUGACACCAAUUGAGGUUGCCAUUGAAGAUAUGAAGAAGAAGACCCUCCAGUUAGCGGUUGCCAUUAACCAGGAGCCCCCCGACCCAAAGAUGCUGCAGAUGGUGCUCCAAGGCUCCGUGGGAGCAACUGUAAACCAGGGACCGCUGGAAGUGGCCCAAGUGUUCCUGGCCGAAAUUCCAGCUGACCCGAAACUCUAUCGACACCACAACAAGCUGAGGUUGUGCUUCAAGGAGUUCAUCACGCGAUGUGGUGAGGCUGUCGAGAAAAACAAGCGGCUCAUCGCUUCAGACCAGAGGGAGUAUCAGCAUGAACUCAAAAAGAACUACAGCAAGCUGAAGGAGAACCUCAGGCCCAUGUUGGAGCGGAAAAUCCCAGAGCUCUACAAGCCCGUGUUCCGAGUGGAGGGUCAAGCGAGAGACUCCUUCCACAGAUCCAGUUUCAGGAAAUGUGAGACCCAGUCGUCCCAGGACAGCUAAGAAGAGCCGUCUUCACCCGGAGGCACGGUAGCCCCGGAGAGGGCUCCCAGCACUUACGAUGGGGCAUUUCCACCCAGGACAGACCACAUGCUCCCUGCCCAAGUCUGGAAGCUUCGGGGGCUACAGGACCACAGAAAUCACACCCAAUGGACUUUGACCCCAAGUGGGCCGUAGUUUGCCUGUGUAUUUAUUAAAGCAUGUUUUCACAAGGUUGUACAAACGCUGGCUCGUCCUCCUAAGGCAUCACUCACCGUCUACAAAGCAAGGUGAUUUGCUCCGACUUGGAUCGGGACUUACCAGAUAAACUCAAAUCGCCUAAGCAAACAUGGAAAAUCUGCCCACCAGCCUAUUCAAAAUGAACUUCACUCAUUCAUUGGUUGGACGGUUACACGUUUGGGGGUAGAUUCGUUAUAUUUGUGAGUUUCUUACCGUUUCGGUAAUGGUGGACUAAUUGUUGUAUAGUUAUUUCUGCUUUAUUGUUAUGUUAAGUUAAAUGAACAUGUUUUUCUAGAGGAGUACACUCGGAACGUUGAUUUCAGAGACACGUGGUACUCUGAGCAGUCAGCCAAAACUUGCAGAUGUUGCGAUCGAUUCAGUUGAAACAGCUCUCCAGCGCUUUGCGUCUUUUCUUUUAAUGCUCUGGUUCUUGCUCAUUCUCGCUUCCCCGCGCCGCCUCUGGGACCCAGUUUAUUCUAUGAAAGGAUAAUAUCUCUGCUUUCAUUGCAGAACACUGUGGCCGUGGAUCAGCCUCUGUACAGAAUGAUACCCAGCUUUGCACUCUUUUUUGACAACGUAUUUUGGGAACCAGAUGAACAGAGUUUUUAUUUGAGAAUUAUAUGUUUUUAAUAUGACCGAUUAUCUUGACUGAUACUAAAAAUGUAAUAAGAAUUGCAAGCAAAAUGUUUCCCCUUGUGAUGCAUGUUUUUUUACAUUUUUUUUUAUUUUGAGAACUCGUAACUUUUUUUUUAAAUCACUUUAGAGAAGAAAUAGGCACAAUCGUGGCGUUGGUCAAAGCUUGCCUUCCGGAGCUGCUCCUCUCGUUCAGUACUGAAUCUCUGUGGUCACGAGGGAGAAGGUGGUGUGGAUAUUCCGGAACUUUUUUUGUUUAUCUCAUCAGGUAUGUUUUUUAAAAAUAACCAAAGCUUACUAGUUUAAGUGCCAGACUUGUUUUUCUUUUAGUCGUUGGGCACAGAACCUUCUCUAAAGUGCAUUAUACAUGUAAUUGCUUUCUUAAAUGAGUAGACAGAACAUCAUUUUAUUCCACACGUGUUUGCAUGUGUAUUUAGCACCUUCUGUGUGGGAAAUAACUGUGGGAGCCACGUGGUCCUAAAACGUUGUGGCUGCCCGCCAGCGCCGCUCAGUUUAUGUGUGUGUAUGUCCAUGACACAAAACAGACCAGAGCAGAGCCUAUAGAAUGUAACCUUUUCUGAGGGACUCAGGGAUGGCCAUCAUUGUCCACACCUAUUAUAUUCUGCUCUGAAACAGUAAGGGGCUCUAAGUUAUAUAGGAAGCCCCUGGGUGGCACAAACGAUUAAGUGCUCAGCUGCUAACUGAAAAGUUAGUGUUUUGAGUCCACCCAGAGGUGCCUUGGAAGAAAGCCCUGGCAAUCUCCUUCCAAAAAACCAGCCAUUGAAAACCCUGUGGAGCAUAAUUCUACUCUGACCCACGUGGGGUCGCCAUGAGUCAAUCGAUGAUGGCAAAUGAGGUUGUUUGGUUUUUUAAGUUAUAUAGGGCUGGCUAUUAACCCUGAUAAUCCUAAUAACCUAAGAUAUUCCUGAUUAAAUAUCCCCUGCGUUGAGAUCCCUGGUGGUACUGUUUUCGUUUUUGUAUUAUUUUGUUGUCGUCUUUCUUGUACCACGGUGGGUGCCGCCUGCUUCAUGAGUGAGGAAUUGUGUUCAUUGCUGUGUUUCUGCCUCUUAGCCCAGCGCUCAACACACAGAAAACCCAUUGCCAUCAAGUCGAUUCCAACUCAUAGUGACCCUACAGAACAUAGUAGAACUACCCCAUAGGGUUUCCAAGGAGCGGCUGGUGGAUUCGAACUGCCAACCUAUGGGUUAGCAGCUGGGCUCUUAACCACUGUGCCACUAGGGCUCCCAACACACAGAUGACACUCAAUAAAUACCUGUUGAACAAGCAAAUGAAUGAAUGAAGUGUAAAUAAAUGAAGCGUGCAUCUGCCUGCUUCUACAACAGCACCGUUCAAUAGAAAGCAAAUGCGAGCCACAUACGCAGCUUGAAAUUUUCUAGUACAAAAAAAGUAGUAAAAAGAAACAGGUGAAAUUACUUUUAAUAAUAUAUUUUAUUUAACCCAAUAUAUAUAUAUACUCUUAUUUCCACAUGUAAUCGACAUAAAAAUUAUUAAUGAGACAUUUUACAUUCUAUUUUUCAUACUAAGUCUUCGAAAUUGGGUAUGUUACACUUACACAGCACAUCUCCAUUGGAACUGGCCACAUUUCAAGUGCUCAGUAGCCACAUGUGGCUAGGGUCUACCAUAUUGGAUAAUGCAGUUCUAGAACGUUCCAGAUUUUCUGACUCGGUGCCUCUGAUCUGUGGGCUCAGACUAUAGAUAACCAAAGUAGGGGGAAUGGUGUCUAAAUAAAGCAAGAAUGACAGGGUCUGAGUGAGAGCCCACGGGCUUGCCUAGGAAGGAAGCUUGUGGCGUUGGGGAGUAUGGACUUGUCAGUACCGACUUGAGCUGCUCAUGCAUUCUCUGCGAUAACACUCCACCCGCCCCACCCCCGCUCUUUUCUCAAUUCCACAUAGUUUAGUUGUCCUUUAAGCAUCUGUCGCCCAGCAGUCAAUUCCAACUCAUGUCAACUCCAUGUGACAGAGUAGAACUACUCCAGAGGGUUUUCUCAGCUGUAAUCUUUACGGAAGCAGAUCCAGGUCUUUCUUCCACGGCGCCACUGGAUGGGUUCCAAUUGCCAGCCUUUAGGUUAAUAGUCCAGGGUGCAAACCAUUUGCCCCCACCCCCAGCACCUGUCCUUUAAGUACCGGUUAAAGUGGGGGCAUUGCUACACUUAUGUAAAUAAUGAGAUAAGCCAAGAUCUUGGGCAUUGGGCAUCUGAUUUUGUAUUCCAAAUAUGAGGUGAGGAAGAAAGCAUUUUACACAAGAUUGGCAGUUCAAAUCCACCAGCCGCUCCUUUGAAACCCUAUGGGGCAGUUCCACUCUGUCCUACAGGGUCGGUAUGAGUCAGAACCGAUUUGAGGUUACCUAACGACAAAGGGUAAAUCAAAUGAAGGCUUUUGUCUCCUGAAAAUCACAGCAGCUUGAUAGGCUGCCACAGUCAUCUGGACUCGACUUUGGAAACCCCCUUCUACAACAGCUUAUAGAAGGGACCCUUCCGAUCAGCUCCAUGACUCACCUUCAGCAAGCCACAACUGCGGCUGUCCUGCCUCCUCAGAAUCACAGGAAAAUGAAGCGUGACUGUGCUGCACACACCUGACUAGGUUUGCUGUGCACACGCCUGAAAUGCCAUCAUUCUCUUCUGUAAGGGAUGCUUCCUAUGACAAUUGAUUUAUUUUUAAAAGGAAAGAAGAAAAAACCUUUUAGAAAAGUCAUUGGUAAUUGUGACUGCAAAUAUGUUUUCAAAGACAGGGAGCCUUUGCUUUGCUUUGAAUGUAAUUUUAAAUGCUUUUUAUCCCAGGUUUUGUAAAGCUACCACUGAUUAAGUACCAUUUUGUAAAAAAAAAAAAAAAAAA